GUGUGAGGUAAUUUUUUAUUUCCCAUGACUUUGAGACGUUAUGAGUUGUUAUUGUUUUUGAUAACAUAUGUAUUUGUUUUAACCUAUGAAACGAUGCUUGGCCGCAGUAUUCCGUCGUUGAGAUAUUGUAAUCGUUUUACGUUUGCGCGGCAAAGAGAAGUACGACGAACGGUGUCAUUGCUGUCUGCACCUCCAUGUAGACUAUGUCUAUGUCCAGGCCUCAAUUUGGGAUUGGAGUUCCUGUCAAGGUAUCACAACCAAAAAAUGAAUUGGUUAAACAAGCAAGCUCGUGGGUAUGCCACAAGUAUGCCAGAAAAGAAGGUGGUGGCAUUUUAUUUGGCAGAUAUAGGAGAAGGCAUCAAGGAAGUGACUGUGAAGGAAUGGUAUGUCCAAGUUGGUGACAGGGUAUCGGAAUUUGACAAUGUAUGUGAAGUACAAAGUGAUAAAGCAUCUGUCACAAUUACCAGCAGAUAUGAAGGAGUUAUCAAAAAGCUGUAUUACAACAUUGACGAAAUAGCAUUUGUUGGCAAACCUCUGGUUGAUAUAGAAGUUGAAACUGGCGAAGCUAAUGACCAGGAGUCCUCACCAGCUAAGCAAGACCCUUUGCCGGAAGAAGUUACUUCUGAUGCAAACAAAGCUGUGAGUUCAGAAACCAAAGUACUGGCAACUCCAGCGGUCAGAAGAAUUAGUAUGGAAUAUAAUGUUGACAUAUCUGCAGUGAAAGGAACUGGAAAAGAUGGUAGAGUACUCAAAGAAGACAUUUUGGCAUAUUUAAACAUAUCAGCAACAAAGGAAUCACCAGAAUUGGAAAUUGCAGAAAAAUUGGAUUCUUCAGGAAGUGCUGAUGAAUAUGAAGUUCCUAUAAAGGGAAUUAUGAAAGCAAUGUUUAGUACAAUGACAUCUGCUCAGAAAAUUCCACAUUUUGUGUACAGUGAUGAAGUGUCAGUACAAUUUCUCCAUAAAAUCUGUUCAAGCCUAAAAGAAGAAAAAUUUAGUAAAUACUUGAAAAUCACAUACAUGCCAUUUUUUAUAAAGGCUGCCUCAAAGGCUCUCGAAGAGUUCAAGAUCCUGAAUUCAUCCAUUAGCAGUAAUAAUGACAGUAUUAAGUACAAAUUGUAUCAUAAUAUUGGUGUGGCUGUGGAUACUCCCAAUGGACUGGUUGUUCCCAACAUCAAAAAUGUUCAGAAGCUUAAUAUUGUUCAAAUAGGGGAAGAAUUAAAAAGAUUGAGAAAUCUGGGUCAAAGCAAUUCUCUUCAGUUGAGUGAUAUUACCGGUGGAACUUUUACACUGUCCAAUAUUGGUUCGAUUGGAGGAACUUACACUCAUCCAAUUAUCAUGCCGCCUGAAGUCGCCAUUGGAGCACUAGGGAAAGUCAGAGUGGUUCCAAAGUUUGAUGCGCUAGGUAGUCUCGUCAAAGAUUCAGUUGUGUGUGUGAGCUGGUCCGCUGACCAUAGAGUCAUCGAUGGUGCAACAAUGGCAAGAUUCUCAAACGCAUGGAAGCAUUAUGUUGAAAAUCCACAUCUUUUGUUGCUGGAUAUGUGAAGUUAACACGUUCCAAUUUGAUGGUUUGAAUUGGGAGGGGUGGAGGAAUGGAAUGUGGAAUCUCCUGGAAAUUGUGAAACAAAUAUGUGCCUAAGUACUGCUCAGUUUUGUACAGAAAUAUACAUUAUAUAUUUUUUCAUUUACUAAUAAAAUUUAUUUUGUUAAA